UUUUUUAUUUUAUUAAAUUUUUUUUUUUAAUUGACACCGUUAUCUCAUUUUAUACAAUAUAAUAUAUCUUUUGUUUUAGUGAAGAAUUUUUUUCUUUUAUUUAAAAGGAUAGAUUUUUAAUACUUGUCUUAAAAAUUUUGAUAAGCAAAAUGCGACCAAUCCUAACGAACCUUUUAAUAACAUCAUUUCCUUCUAACUCAUUCCCAAAUUCAUCGACACCACCAUUAAAUACACCAAGUUCAAGUCCAUUACUACGUCCAACAUCAUCACCUAUGACUCCAAUAACACCACUAGUACUAAGCGACUCCACAACUACUGGUAAUGGUGGUCAUUAUGAAAAAGAAGAUUUCUUUUCUCAUGAAGCAGGUUAUUUCUUUCAUAAUCAUAAUGAAGAACUUUAUACCACUUCGCCUUAUUAUUAUACCGAACAAUCUUAUAAUAAUAAUAACUGUAACACUGCUAUUCAACCACAAGUUACAGUUAAUAUAAAUAAUCCUUCCCCAUUAUCUUCUGGUGCCACAACAAAUUCUUUCAAUACGUUUAAUCCUAAUUCGACUCCAGCAGCAAAUAAUUAUGCGAAUUAUGCGUACAAUCAUCAUCAGAUGAUGUCAUCAUUUUGUAAUGAUUAUACUGCGCCGACAUCACACUUCUCUCCUGGAAUGGAUUACAAUCAACAAUCUUAUGAUGGUAAUAAUAAUAUUAACUCCCCAAACUCACCAUAUAAUACAUUAGGGAAUAUGUAUCUUAAUGAACACAUGCAAAAUCAAGACGCACAGUUGCAUGAAAUGAUUACUGGUCUUAGUAGAAUGGAUAUAAUAGAUUCUCUUUAAGUUCAUUGGAAUCUAUCAAAUAGUAAAAUAUUUUUUUUAAAGAAAAAAAAAGAA